GUCGCGCCGCGGAUGACGCGCGGCGCGGGCGACGCGGACCGGGCCUGUCACGGCGGGGCCGGCGGCGGGGGAGGAGCGGGCGCCAUGGCCGUUCUGCUGGAGACCACGCUGGGCGACGUCGUCAUCGACCUGUACACCGAGGAGCGGCCGCGCGCCUGUUUGAAUUUUCUGAAGUUGUGCAAAACAAAAUAUUACAAUUAUUGCCUUAUUCAUAAUGUACAGAGGGAUUUUAUCAUCCAAACUGGUGAUCCUACAGGGACUGGCCGUGGAGGAGAGUCUGUUUUUGGUCAACUGUAUGGUGAUCAAGCAAGGUUUUUCGAUGCAGAAAAAGUGCCAAGAAUUAAGCACAAGAAGAAAGGCACUGUGUCCAUGGUGAACAAUGGCAGUGAUCAGCAUGGAUCUCAGUUUCUUAUUACUACAGGAGAUAAUCUAGAUUACCUUGAUGGUGUUCAUACUGUGUUUGGUGAGGUGACAGAAGGCAUGGAUAUAAUUAAGAAAAUUAAUGAGACCUUUGUUGACAAGGAUUUUGUACCAUAUCAAGAUAUCAGGAUUAAUCAUACAGUGAUUUUAGAUGAUCCAUUUGAUGACCCUCCGGAUUUAUUAAUUCCUGAUCGAUCACCAGAACCUACUAAGGAACAACUAGAUAGUGGUCGAAUAGGAGCAGAUGAAGAAAUUGAUGAUUUCAAAGGAAGAUCAGCUGAAGAAGUAGAAGAAAUAAAGGCAGAAAAAGAGGCCAAAACUCAAGCUAUUUUAUUAGAAAUGGUGGGAGACUUACCUGAUGCAGAUAUUAAACCUCCAGAAAAUGUCCUGUUUGUGUGUAAAUUGAAUCCAGUGACCACAGAUGAGGAUUUGGAGAUAAUAUUUUCAAGAUUUGGACCAAUAAGAAGUUGUGAAGUUAUUCGAGAUUGGAAGACAGGAGAAUCCCUUUGUUAUGCUUUUAUUGAAUUUGAAAAGGAAGAAGAUUGUGAGAAAGCAUUCUUCAAAAUGGACAAUGUACUUAUAGAUGACAGAAGGAUACAUGUGGAUUUUAGCCAGUCUGUUGCAAAGGUUAAAUGGAAAGGAAAAGGUGGAAGAUAUACCAAGAGUGAUUUCAAGGAGUAUGAAAAGGAACAGGAUAAAUCAUCUAAUUUGGUUCUGAAAGAUAAAGUAAAGCCCAAACAGGAUGCCAAGUAUGAUCUUAUAUUAGAGGAGCAGACAGAAGACUCAAAGUCAAGUCACUCACACACAAGUAAAAAACACAAGAAGAAAACCCGUCACUGCUCUGAAGAAAAAGAAGAUGAGAACUACGUGCCAAUCAAAAAUACUAAUCAGGAUAUCUACAGAGAAAUGGGGUUCGGUCACUAUGAAGAAAAAGAAAGCUGUUGGGAGAAACAAAAGAGUGAAAAGAAGGACCGACCUCAAAACCGAAGUCGUAGCCGAUCUCGAGAAAGGGAUGGUCACUACAGUAACAGCCACAGAUCCAAAUACCAAACAGAUCCCUCUGAAAGAGAAAGGAGUAGAAAGAGAGACCGAAGCAGGAGUCCCAGGAAAUCCAAAGAUAAAGAAAGAUCUAAGUACAGAUGAAACAUGAAGAAUCAGACAUGAGUGGCUAAAAUACUCUUGUCUAACUAGAAUAGCAGAUGUUCAGAUUUUGUGUCAAAACAGCUAAAGACUCUGCUUGUUUUCCCCCCUGUAUUCUAGGUGUCCCCUUUAUAGAUCAAUAAUGAUUGUGUGGGGCACAGAAAGACAAUAAAGAAUUGAACAUUUUCUUGUAUAUUUUUUUACACUAAUUUUAUUGUUAAACAUAAAUAGUAGUCUUCAUUUUUCAAUAGUAGUCUUUCACAUUUUCCACUUUUUAUUGUAAAAAUGAAGUAUUUCAUAUCUAUAAAAACAUGCAUGUAUAUAUAAGGUAUUAAAAAUAAUUAUCUUUGUACCUAUCAGCCAGAUUAGGAAAUGAGCAUUUUGGAAGUCCCUCUCCUCAAGUAAUUAAUAUGAAUUUUGUGUUUGUUAUUCUCUCACUUGUUCUAGUUUUACAAUAUAUGUAUCCCUAAAUGAAAUAUAAAGUUUUGUAUGUUUUUGAAUUUUAUAUAAAUGGCUUAAUGUAUGCUCAGUUCUAUGA